GGGAGCAGGGGAGUUGUGGAAUGGGCGGCUAGACCUGCCCACCGCCGUGAAUUUGCCAGCAGGAGCGCGCUCGCGGGCGCGCGUUCUUCGCCUUCCCGGCUGCGUCGCUGACGCGUCGUAGACGUUGGGGAGCGGAGGACAGCAGCAGCGGGUCGGGAUGAACAGCGGCGGCGGCUUCGGUUUGGCUUUAGGCUUCGGCCUUACCCCUACGGCGGUGAUUCAGGUGACCAAUCUGUCGUCGGCGGUGACCAGCGAGCAGAUGCGGACGCUUUUUUCCUUCCUAGGAGAAAUCGAGGAGCUGCGGCUUUACCCCCCAGACAACGCACCUCUUGCUUUUUCUUCCAAAGUAUGUUAUGUUAAGUUUCGUGACCCAUCAAGUGUUGGCGUGGCCCAGCAUCUAACUAACACGGUUUUUAUUGACAGAGCUCUGAUAGUUGUACCUUGUGCAGAAGGUAAAAUUCCAGAGGAAUCCAAAGCCCUCUCUUUAUUGGCUCCUGCCCCAACCAUGACAAGUCUAAUGCCUGGUGCAGGCUUGCUUCCCAUACCGACCCCAAAUCCCUUGACUACAUUGGGUGUUUCCCUUAGCAGUUUGGGAGCCAUACCAGCAGCAGCACUAGACCCCAACAUUGCAACACUUGGAGAAAUACCACAGCCACCACUUAUGGGAAAUGUGGAUCCUUCCAAAAUUGAUGAAAUUAGGAGAACAGUCUAUGUUGGCAAUUUGAAUUCCCAGACAACGACAGCUGAUCAACUACUUGAAUUUUUUAAACAAGUUGGAGAAGUGAAGUUUGUGCGGAUGGCAGGUGAUGAGACUCAGCCAACUCGGUUUGCUUUUGUGGAAUUUGCAGACCAAAAUUCUGUACCAAGGGCCCUUGCUUUUAAUGGAGUUAUGUUUGGAGACAGGCCACUGAAAAUUAAUCACUCCAACAAUGCAAUAGUAAAACCCCCUGAGAUGACACCUCAGGCUGCAGCUAAGGAGUUAGAAGAAGUAAUGAAGCGAGUACGAGAGGCUCAGUCCUUUAUCUCAGCAGCCAUUGAACCAGAGUCUGGAAAGAGCAAUGAAAGAAAAGGCGGUCGAUCUCGUUCCCACACUCGUUCAAAAUCCAGGUCUAGCUCAAAAUCCCAUUCUAGACGAAAAAGAUCACAGUCAAAACACAGGAGUAGAUCCCAUAAUAGAUCACGUUCAAGACAAAAAGACAGACGUAGAUCUAAGAGCCCACAUAAAAAACGCUCUAAAUCAAGGGAGAGACGGAAGUCAAGGAGUCGUUCGCGUUCACGGGAUAAGAGAAAAGACACCCGAGAAAAGAUCAAGGAAAAGGAAAGAGUGAAAGAAAAAGAUAGAGAAAAGGAAAGGGAAAAAGAGAGAGACAGGGAGAAGGAACGUGAAAAAGAAAAGGAACGGGGUAAAAACAAAGAGAAAGACCGGGAUAAAGAACGGGAAAAGGACCGGGAUAAAGACAAGGAAAAGGACAGAGAGCGAGAGCGGGAAAAAGAACAUGACAAGGAGCGAGACAAGGAGAAGGAACAGGACAAGGACAGAUCGAAAGAGAUAGAUGAGAAAAGAAAGAAGGAUAAAAAAUCCAGAACACCGCCCCGAAGUUACAAUGCAUCAAGAAGAUCUCGUAGUUCCAGCAGGGAAAGGCGUAGGAGGAGGAGCAGGAGUUCUUCCAGAUCACCAAGAACAUCAAAAACUAUAAAAAGGAAAUCUUCUAGAUCUCCAUCCCCUAGGAGCAGAAAUAAGAAGGAUAAAAAGAGAGAAAAAGAAAGGGACCACAUUAGUGAAAGAAGAGAGAGAGAACGUUCAAGCUCUACAAGAAAGAGUUCUAAUGACCGAGAUGGAAAGGAAAAGUUGGAGAAGAACAAUACUUCACUUAAAGAGAAGGAACACAAUAAAGAACCAGAUUCAAGCGUGGGCAAAGAAGUAGAUGACAAGGAUGCACCAAGGACUGAGGAAAACAAAGUACAGCAAAAUGGGAGUUGUCAGCCAAAUGAAGAAAACCUCUCUACCAAAACAGAAGCAGUAUAGGACUGACAAAUGCACCUCUAAACACAUGCUGGAAUAAAAUCCAAAGCUUUUAAUUCUCUCAACAAGAUGUUAAACAGUGAAGAAACCCAGUUGAGCAUAAAGAUACAAACUAACAGCUUUUCUAGUUGUUAGGUGACUUUGUGGCCAUCUUGUUACGGAGUAAGAAAAUAAAGCAUGGACAUCGUGAAAAUAACACGUGUGACCCAAACUCAUCUUCUAGAAUCUGUGCAUUUCCAUGGUGGCUGACACACUUGUCAUGUGGUUUGUUAGUGUUUGCCAAGAACUAUUACAAAUAGAUGGGACAUCAAAGAUCCAAAUUUGUACUAUCCAUAAAGACUGGAGAUAAGCAUUGGAGGCUCUUUAAAAAAAUGGUAGUUGCUGAAUUUUGUAUUGUUUUACUUUUUUUUCUUUUUAAAUUUCAAUAUAUACGGAUUUGAUGAUGUGCUUGAAAUCGGUGCAAAUAUAUACACACCCUCGUAAGUGCAGAGUAUGUAAGAAGUUUUUAACAUUUACUUCACAGGAUUUACGGUGAUUGUGUUAAAUUCUCACUUUUUGUGUUUUCUUUUGCUCACUGUUUAGGACAACAGUUUUUUUUUCUCGUUAAAAUAGUUUUACAGACUAAAAUUGCUUAACUAAGUGGUUUAACAAACAACUGACAAUGCAUGCUCCUGUUCUCUUUCAAAAGGAAGAGCACCCAUGUUGAAUACUAAUAAUAAUGUAUUAGUAUUCGGUGUUUAGAAUCAUUGGGUCUCCCCACAAAGUAAGCACUUCUUUUUGAACUUCCUUGACCUUUCCAAGCUUAUUAUGAAUAAUAUUGCAGUGUGUGUUGUCAGCUGUAGGUGGCAAAGGUGGCAUUAUAAAAAGAAAACUGUGUUUUCAAAAUGGGCUAUGGGAGCACAAGCUGAAGCUUUAGUGCCUUCUACAGUGUGGUGUGCUGUUUUCUAGAAUUUUAUAUGUGCUAGUCAUUCUCAGUUCAUAGGGGAUGUAGAUGGAUAUUCCAUUCACUCCCAUAGAGAAGUGUGCAAGUGGUAUGUCAGAAGAGCUUCUUAUAUAUUUCACCUAACAUGAGGGAAGUCCUGUUUUCAAGAAUGACUUGAGAGCUUACAACAACCAUGCAGUUUUGGGACCAUCAGUUUUAUACUGUGAUAAUUGAAAAUGAAGCAUGUUCUUACUUGACUUAAAUCAAAGCGAACACUUUCGUUGUCUCCAUUGGAUGGCCUUAAUUAUUACCUCUUAAUUAUCUUCUCAUAAAUGAUGUGCAGAAAUUCUAUGUAAAGGAGAACACAUGAGGUUAUUUGUUUUAAGGAUAUGUUUACUUGAGUUUAAAAUACAGGUCAUCCGUUACGCUUAGGCUCACUUUCUGCAGGAAGUAACAAGUAGUAAAAUGACAACAUUGCUAAUAUUUUCCCCCAAAGCCAUAACUCAUAGUUUCAGAAAUCUUUUCAUUAUUGUUUUGUUCCCCCCAAAGUUAUACCUUUUAAUUAGCAUGUUAUUAAAAAAAUCAAGUAUAAUUAUUUUAAUGCAGUCUAAUACAAUCAGAUUACUCCGUUGCCUUACCUCAUGGGAAGAAUUACUUAUAGAUUUAAAAAGCUGAGUAGCUCAUCAGUUACUUGGUUUCAACUUGAGUUUUCUUUUAAUGUUAAUACUAUUGAAACUUUAAGUAUUUGGUAGAGAAUGGAAAGAAUUGCCCUUAUUGCAAUGAAGCCUGGUUUGACUACGAAGCUGCUUAAUUACUCUUUCAUGUGUUCAGAAUUACUGUGUUUUUUUUUUCCUUUUUGUCACUGUGUACAUUAAAAUUUUUGAAAAUGCUUUACUAUGUAAAGUAUAGAUGGUCAUUUUAAUCAUUCAACCACAUACGGUUGGCUGGUAAACAGCUUAUUCUGAUACAAGAAUGCUUGAGUGCAUAUGGAAAGAUUGUGAAGGAGUGUGUGUCUUGCAUCAACAGUUGUCUUAUUUAUAAUAUGUAAGUAGAAUAGAGCAAAUGUUUGAAUCUUUGUUAUUUUUAGUACCAUUUCUCUAAUAAAGCUAAGUAUUUUAGAGGAAAGUAUUUGUUUAUGCAUUUCAAAACAGCAUCUUAGUUUAUGUUUAUCUUGUUUUAGUUGGCAUAGAGAUUGUUUCGACAUGGAGAAUGAAUGUGUGGUGUCUAUAAAACAAUCAUUUAAAGUUUGAAUUAUUUCUUGUACUCUGGACUCUUAAUGUUUUCUGUGUUGGUAGUUAACACACUUAAUUUGGUUCUUGCUGCUACUUAUUUUUCCUGUUGGUGAUAUUCAGCUUUAAAAUAAUGAUACUUCUUUUGAAAGACUCUGAUAUGUGAAAGUUGGACAUGAAUAGGAAUACAAGAGAUCCAGAUGAAGUAAAAAAAUGUUCUUAAAUGGGCUUAUGGAAGCAAAGCUUUUUAGGGCCUGGAGGUAUUGGAGUGAGUGUGAGUAUGCGUGUGUGUGUGUGAG